GAAGCGGGCGUCAGCGGGAGAGAGUUGACAAGGUGGACUCCGCUUCGUGUGUGAGAAUUAAGAUCAUACCCACGUUCUUCUUCGUAUUGUCGUUGGCUCCAUGGUUCGCGGUAUUUGCCGACUCGUCUAAUUUGAGGCAGUGACGAAGAAGACGAAAUAUUGAUACGUUGCGGAAACAGGUUGUGGUCCUUAUCUCCUUAUCAAAUUGCAAAGCAGUACGUUCGCGAGGAGCUCUCUAGGAUUACGAUACACUAGCUUAAAGGAAUUUGAUUGCACUUCAAUAUUGUGUCGAGUGUUGCGGUGUCUGAGAUACUUAUGAACCAGGGUCUUGGUGCCUCCUCUAUCAGUUGUGUGGCAUGGCCUCUGCGAUAAAGAUGUCACAGCGGUGUCAGAGGAAUUAUAUCAUCUGAAAUACAGCCUUGUCGCAACAAGCGGGAAAACACAGUUCCAAAAGGCAAAUGGACAUAUUCUGUAUUGAAGAAGCUCAUUUAUUUUCCCAGAUGACAUUUGGGGAUAUUAAAUAUUAACUCUCAAGCUAUAGGUUCCAUUUUCAACCUUUGACGUGUCUAAAGACGGUGUCAAGGACGGGAAUUACUGUAUGGUAAGGGACCUCUAAUGAUACAGUCGUGCCUACAGGGUCUCCACACCAUUGAAGUUGGACGGGUUGGAAGCGAUUCUGUGGUUAAACUGAUUUAUUGAUUCUCUUUAUCAACAAAUUGUAGAGGAUUAAAUUAUUGAUGGGGGUCGAAGAGGCACCUUCAUCUUUGACACAGACAGACGCUAUCUUUCACUGCUGAACCCAUAUGUUCAAGAUUAUUUGGAUCAUGCACACGAUUUGAGCUUUCCUUAGUCUAGCGGUUCUGAGGACACACGGCAAGACUGGUGGCUUAAGUGCCCCCGCGUAAUGAAAUUGCGUCUCCGAAGAUCAAUGCACUAGAUCCAAACCCGUCAUAACAGCGAGCCCACUAGCACCCUACUGCAGAUAAAAGCUCUGUCUUGACUACCGCGCCUGGGACUGAUUGUCAAUUUAUCCGUUCCGUCAUCCAUGAGUGCCUGUUGACAGAUAGUCAGUGUCAGUGUUGUGUUGUCGAAUCGUUAGUAAACCCGCUGAUCAGGAUUUGAGGAACAUCGCUCUACCGACCAGUGAUGUGGCAGACCUCCGCUGUAUAACAUUGUGACAGAAGCCCUAUGUGGAACUGUUGUUACGAUCUACGUGACACGAAUUCCUUCAUGGAUGCUCAUUUCCUACAACCUGAAUCUGUAUCCUAUUUCAGUCCUUAAGGGAGACGUCUACGUUUUUACCUAAUACUCACCCACAGAUAAUUAUCUUGGGUGAAAGUGUGUUAAGCGCGGGGGUGGACUGGAGGUGUCUACAACGAGGAGGUGAAGUGUUUCAUAGACAGCUUACUCUGAAUGGAUCUGAGUAGGUUUGUGGAAAUCAUUUUACAAGAUCUUAUUCCACUCGGACAGGUAUUAUACAGUCAGGUAAAUUUGCAAGUAGCUUUAUUUCCUUUCCGUCCUUAGUCCUUCCGACAGCUAAACGAUAAGGUUGAUCUCAGCCACUGCUCGCUCAGCACUUGAAAUUUGAACACAGUGAGGAUGGCUUGGUAUUUAAUUGAAAUUUGAAAGCGCUCCUGACAGCGCCAACAUCGGAUCGGUGAGUUUAAUUUGAAGAUCUUGGAUUGUACAGAUGUUUGACACCUUAUUAGGUUUCAGCAGCAGCUACUAAUCACACGAUACGCCUGAUAUCAAGUUUCCAUUAAAUACGGGGGCAUAAUCCAUCAGUCGUCCAACAUGUCACAUACAAAGACGGAGACAGUUAUCAAGGAGAAGAUUCUCAAGGAACCUCUGAACAUCAUUGUUCAUAUUCGUUUGUUAUAUAUUCUUACACUUAUAUUAACCACUCUUUUUGGAAUUUCAAUCUGGUUUGGUUACACAGAACUUAAACGGCUCGAGGAGGAGUUGAGAAGUAAAGCAUACCAGCGGAAUUUUGACUCAUGGAGGAAGCUCAAUAGUAUUUUGCAUCAGGACGAUGUAUUAAACUUGUUAGGACCAUUAUCAGAAUCAAGCCGUGAUGUGUCCCCUAAAUCAAGUAUUAGCUCGAAGGAUAGACGAGAAAAGCGUUCAUCUUCAGACGGGAGCUACCAGUAUGAUACAUUUGAAUGGUGGAAGAGAAAGCCCCACAAUUCGGAAGCCUUCAUACACACAUACUGCAGACAGGCGCAGCUGUAUUGUGCAGCUGAGGGAAAGCAAGGUCCGCCUGGAAGACCAGGAGGUAAGGGGUCUAAAGGAGGAAUUGGCGCAUCAGGUCUACCAGGACAGAAAGGUGAACCAGGGGUGGCUGCGCUGUCUUUAUAUUCCGGUCUUCCUGUUGAAAACCUUCGGACUCUUGGAAAUCUGAGAGGGCCCCCAGGGCCUAAAGGUGACAAAGGUGAACCCGGCUUACUUGGCCCAAAAGGUCCCCCAGGUAACACAGGUGUGCCAGGACCCCCCGGGUCUCCUGGUCUGGAUGGCAUGUCGGGGAUUGAUGGAUUGCCUGGUGUUCCAGGCACUAAAGGAAUGAAGGGGAAUAAAGGAGCUCGAGGACUGCUGGGAUUCCCUGGGAAAAAGGGACCAAUGGGUUUGGAUGGGCCCAAAGGACCACCAGGUCCCAUGGGGCCACUUGGAAAGGAUGGAUUGGAUGGAUACCCCGGACAACCAGGGUUUCCUGGUCGGAACGGAACAGAUGGUAAGCCAGGCAGGAAGGGAAGGAAGGGUGAUGAUGGCUUGAACGGAACUCCCGGCACUAGAGGAAUGAGUGGAGUCCCUGGGGUGCCAGGACUGAAAGGAACGAAAGGAGACCAGGGACAGAUGGGUUGGCAAGGCCCUCCCGGAGUGUGUACCUGUUUACCCGAAGAGAACUCCGACCGACUGCAAAGGCUUGGCUACCCAACAUAUCGAGAGAAUGUGUUAUCGGGCCCAAGGGGUCCUCCUGGACAGAAAGGAAGCAAAGGUGAAUCAGGGAGUUGUGAGGCUCACUGCAAUGAAAACGCUAGACGACCUAGAACGACGGCUAUAUUUAUUAAAGGGGCCAGAACCUCAAGUGUGUCCAGCAGCGUCGGUCACAGACCACGACUGAAUGUGUUCAUCAUGAGCAUAGCAUACGUAUUUGCACUGACAACAAUAGCGGCACUUGUAACAGUACCAUUCAACACCCAUCACGACCUCGGAUGACUGUCAGGACCAAAUUGUUGAUAAAGAAUGUAAUGAACUGAACUAGAGAAAGACAAAGUGUAGACAUUAGGGUGCCUAUAACACGUGUUUUUCAGGUACGUGUCAUUUAGUUUUAGAAAUGACAGGUAUGAGCAUUCUAUGCAACAUAGAAUAUGUAGUGGACUGACACAAGAGCAGUCCGUGACGCCGUAGGCUGACGCGUGGCCGGAGGAACACUUCCAUACGAAUGACCUGUUUAUGUCAAGAAGAUGCAACACAUAGACAGAUUCUGCUUCAAGAAGGAUAUGAAAUGCAUGAAACAAAGUGUAUUCUUCUGACCAAAUGUCACAUUGACAGGAAUAUGUUGUGUUGGGGAAUCACCGAAAGAGAGUAAGCUCAACUUCUUCUCGUUCCAGUGUAACUGUGAUGAAACGUACCAUAUUCCGUGUCACUGUCGAUAUUGUGUCUCCGUUAACAAUUUCAACAGUAUGUGAAUAGCCAUGUUGAUAUACAUUAAAUCAAUUUUACGUGUGUUGGAUUAAACUACAAGCUAACUUUGUAUAAUUACAUCUUGUUGCUUUUGUAUUACAGAAAUAAUCAAUCUGUAUUACGAAGGUUUACGUCAUUUUAAACAAGGAUAAAAUAAAAACAAAUUUUAUUAAAUAACUAAUCUGAUUUCAUAUGGUGUCUAACGGUGGAUGUAUUAUGUUGAUAAUGCAUGACUUACAUUUGCUACAGUGGGGUCAUUCUCAUCAAUGUCAUUUUGUUGAGUGUUUUGUACAUAGCUGUGAAUAUACAUUUCAUAAGUUGAACUAGCAUCCUGGAAAUCUUACUUUAUCUAGUCCUUAUUGACAAUUCUAUUCGGGAAUAAGGAUUUUAAGUAAUUCAAGUUCCUGGUAAUAAUGAAUUUUGUUCCUGUUAACGUUAGUUUUAAAUGCAUAUCCUAUUGUUUGUAUAUUAGUAUGUUAUAUCUGAAUUUGUUAUGAUUUGUUACAUAUAUUUAUGAAGACGUUCUCCAAUUUUGUUUCGCUCCAAAGUCAUUAAACACAUAGUCAUGUCAUGUGUAUGACAUGGUUCCGAUUUCGUUGUUAUUCGGCAUAUGAUGAUCAUACGAUUAACAAGUGUAUAUUGAUUAUUAUAAGAAUAGCAGAUGAAAGUAUUAGGAACUGACACAUAGUUCACUUAAAAUGAUACCCUGACAUUUAUCAAGUGUUUGACAUUUGGCGUGACGUAUAUCUCUAUUUAAUAUGGAAUGAUAGAUGACACAUGAUAUGACUUCUUAUACUUUUUUAUAUACAAUUGAAGAACUUCACUUGAUAUAU